GAAAUACAAUCAGUUGCUAUUUAAGAGGGGAAAUAAGUGAAACAAUAACGAAACGAUAUUAUAGUUAAGAAAACACUUUUUUUAUAGUGGAAUUUUUUUAAAAAAGAAAUCUCAUGUUUUAAAGAAUAAUAUUUUAAAUUUAAAGUAAAUUAUUGGCAAACAAAAAAACUUUUGCUGCGGUCAAAAGUGAAAUGAAGUUUCUAACAGUAUUAACAGCACUUUUGGUGCUAACCUGGCUGGAGUAUGGUGAAGCAGCCUGUGGUUACAAGUCAUGUCCCUCCACCAAAUCCAAUAUGAUCAAUGUUCAUUUGGUUCCUCACUCUCACGAUGAUGCCGGUUGGUUGAAAACAGUCGAUCAGUAUUAUUAUGGUAGUCGCAAUGAUAUUCAGCAUGCUGGUGUUCAAUAUAUAUUGGAUAAUGUGAUCGUAGAGCUAUUGAAAAAUAAAUCUAGAAGAUUUAUCCAAGUGGAAACUGCCUUUUUCCAUAAAUGGUAUAAGGAACAGACGUCGGAUGUACAAAAGAAUGUCAAGAAGUUGGUAGAGGAUGGUCGUUUGGAAUUUGCCGGUGGUGCCUGGAGUAUGAACGAUGAAGCUGCUGUGCACUAUCAAAGUGUAAUCGAUCAGUUUACCUUGGGUUUGAAAUUCUUAACCGAUACCUUUGGUACUUGCGGCCGUCCUCGCAUUGGCUGGCAAAUUGAUCCUUUUGGCCACUCUCGUGAAAUGGCUUCUUUAUUCGCUCAAAUGGGUUUUGAUGGUCAAUUCUUUGCUCGUAUGGAUUAUGUUGAGAAAGAUACUCGUUUGGCUAAUUUAACUGCCGAAAUGAUUUGGAAAGCUUCGGAUAGUUUAGGUCAAAGUGCUGAACUCUUUACGGGUCUUUUAUACAAUCAUUAUGCUGCUCCCGAUGGUUUCUGUUUCGAUAGUUUGUGUAAUGAUAAGCCUAUUAUUGAUGGCGAUAGUUAUGAUAAUAAUGUUAAGGAGAGGGUUGAUACCUUCAUUGCUUACAUUAACAAAAUGGCCAAGACUUAUCGUUCUACCCACUUGUUAGUACCCAUGGGAGAUGAUUUCAAUUAUGAAAAUGCCAAUAUGAAUUAUAAGAAUUUGGAUAAGUUAAUUAAAUAUGUCAAUCAACGUCAACUUAUGGGCACUAAGAUCAAUCUCUUAUACUCGACACCCGCCUGUUAUUUGAAUGCUCUACACGAGACUACCAAACUUACUUGGCCCAAUAAGACUCAAGAUUUCUUCCCUUAUGGUACUGACAAUCACACCUACUGGUCGGGCUAUUUCAGUUCUCGUCCCACCCAAAAGAAAUAUGAACGUGAUGGCAAUCACUUCUUGCAAGUAACCAAACAAUUGACCACAUUGGCCAAUCUUACCACCACCGAGGCAAAUCAGAAUCUCGAUAAAUUGAGACAAGUUAUGGGUAUUAUGCAGCAUCAUGAUGCUAUUACCGGAACCGAGAAACAACAUGUUGCUGCCGAUUAUGACAGACUUUUGACAGAUGCUAUAGUUGCUGCUCAAGCUAACACCCGCUUGGCCUUGCAAAAGUUAACUAAUUUGACAAAUGGUGAAUUUGUCUCUUGUCUACAAUUGAAUAUAAGCGUUUGUGAAUUUACUCAGAAAUCGGCCAAUAAUUUGGUGAUUACCGUCUUUAAUCCUUUGAGCCAACCUAGUACUCAAUACAUUAGAGUUCCCGUUUUAAAUGUCAGUUAUAUUGUAACCGAUGCAUUAGGCAAGGAGAUCCCCCAUCAAAUUGUACCCGUGCCAGCUGAAGUUUUAGCUUUAACCGAUUUGCGCAAAAAUUUGACUCAAACCGAAUUGGUAUUUGAGGCUUAUGUUGAGAAAUUGUCCAAUUUCUAUGUGAAAGUAAGGCCCCAACCUAAAUACUUGGAAUAUGAUGUCUACAACAGUGAGGGUGUGCAGCUUAACAAUAGAUUCUUGAGAUAUCAAGCUAAUAAAGUGGGCGUUUUUAUGCCACCCACUGCUACCACUAAUGAAGUUAAGCCUAGAGCUGCCGGAGAUGUGAUCGUGCAAAAUUCGCUGGUGAAGUUGACCUUUAACAAUAAGGGCCUGUUGUACAACAUCCAAAUGAAUGGUGUUUCCGAAAAUAUUACCCAAGAAUUCUACUACUAUAAGGGUGCUUUGGGUAAUAAUACUCAAUCUAAAUUUAGAUCUUCUGGAGCCUACACUUUCCGUCCUAAUGGCACCGAGUUAUUGGUUAGUCCCUCUGCCACCAUUAAGGUAUACAAUGGUCCUCUAGUCAAGGAAGUUCACCAACGUUUCAACGACUGGGUUUCCCAAGUCAUUAGAUUAUAUGAGCGCAAGAAUGUUGUAGAAUUCGAGUGGUUGGUGGGACCUAUUCCCAUUAAAGACAAUAUUGGCAAGGAAAUUAUUACCCGCUUCACCAGCAAUAUAACCUCUAAGGGAGUGUUCUAUACCGAUUCCAAUGGUCGUGAAAUGUUGAAGAGAGUACGCAAUCAAAGAGAAUAUUUCAAACCCGAUUUAACCGAGAAGGUGUCAAGUAAUUACUAUCCCGUUACCUCUCGUAUUGCUCUGCAAAAUGAAAAAGUACGUUUGGCUUUACUCAACGAUCGUGCCCAGGGUGGUUCCAGUUUAAAGGAUGGUGUUUUGGAAUUAAUGUUACAUCGUCGUUUAUUGCAUGAUGAUGCUUUUGGUGUGGGUGAAGCUCUCAAUGAGACCGUUAAUGGUAAAGGUUUGGUAGCUCGCGGUAAAAUCCAUUUAAUUCUCAAUUCCGUAAACAAUAAGCCUACCGUACAAGAACGUCACUUGGCCCAAGAAUUACAUUUGCCCUACUGGAAAUUCUUUAGCAGUGGUCUUAAAGCCACCAACAAGAAAAUACCCAAACUACCCGUCUUCUCUUCUCUGCCCAAGGGCAUUGAAGUUUUGACUUUGGAACCUUUCAAUAAGAAUGAACGCCUAUUGCGUUUUGAAAACAUUUUGGAUAAGACCGAAACUGGCAAUAUAACCUUCAAUAUGCGUUUGAUUUUCGAUGCCUUGGGCGGUGAGGAAAUACGUGAAAUGACUUUGGAUGGUAAUAUGAAAUUGUCGGAUAUGAAGAGAUUUAAAUUCCAACCUGAUGGCACAGUACCCAAGAAGGUUGAGUAUUACACUUCGAAACAUACACCCUUGUCGGCUAAGAAGAGUGAUGGCAUCAAUAAGUUUACCAUUACUUUGGAACCCAUGCAAAUACGUACUUUUAUUGUUAAGUGGAAAUAAAUGGAGAGAAAUAGAGUAAUGAAGUACCCCCCAAAAAAAAUUCGACAGUAGAUAAUCGAAUUUGCAAAUAAAAAGCAUUAAAUUGUAAACGAUAUAAA